AUGAGUAAUAAUGAAUAUCAGGGUCGAAUUACUCGAAAACGUGCUCGGGAACAUAUAAAAAUUGAAAUAGAAGAAAAAAUCAAAGUUUCGUCUCCCGUUAGUUUGAAUGAGGCUAGGAUUAAAGACGAAGUCGAUGCUUACGAAGUUUCUCUUGAUACAAAGGAAACCACUAUCGGUAGUGAAAGUAAUGGUGAAACUGUUAUUGAUGAAACAGUGAAAGUAUCAGGAGCUAAAAAAACACGCAUAAAAAAGGAAGUUAAAUUUGAAGGGCCACCCGUCAACUGGGAACAAGUUUACCAGAGUAUUAAAGAAUAUCGGUUAGGCAUUAAUGCGCCUGUUGAUACAAUGGGAUGUGAAAGAUUAGCCGAACAAACUUCGAGAUUUCAAACUCUUGUGGCUUUGAUGCUUUCAUCACAAACAAAAGAUCAGAUAACGGCAGAGGCAAUAAACAAUCUACGACAAAAGUUGCCAGGUGGAUUAAAUAUACAAAGUAUAAUUGAUACUGACGAACUGAUUUUGGAUGAAUGUAUUUCUAAAGUUGGAUUUCAUAAACAAAAAGCAAAAUGGAUUAAACAAGCCGCUGUUACGUGUAAAGAAGAGUAUAAUGGUGACAUACCAAACGAUAUAAAAAAUUUGAUGAAUUUGAAGGGAGUUGGUCCUAAAAUGGCUUAUUUAUGCAUGCAAUGCGCUUGGAAUAUAAAUCAAGGGAUCGGAGUUGAUGUCCAUGUCCAUCGCAUUACCAAUCGACUUGGGUGGUGUAAGACUAAAGAACCAGAAGCGACUCGCAAGGCUCUGGAAUCAUGGCUUCCCAAAGAAUUUUGGUCCGAAAUUAAUUAUCUCCUUGUCGGAUUCGGUCAAACAACUUGCAAGUCUCCUUAUCCAAGAUGUGCCGACUGUCCGGUAAAAGGUUAUUGUCCCUCGGCGAAUACGUUCCGUCAAACAUCCAAAGCCUCCUCUAACAGAAAACGCAAAUAA